AUCCAGUUAAAUCUCUAUCAUGUACAUGUCCAUGUACUGAUCCUCCCACUGGUCCCACUGAUCCUCCCACUGGACCCACUGGUCCUCCCACUGGACCCACCAAUCCUCCCACUGGUCCCACUGAUCCUCCCACUGGUCCCACUGAUCCUCCCACUGGACCCACUGAUCCUCCCACUGGUCCCACUGAUCCUCCCACUGGACCCACCGAUCCUCCCACUGGUCCCACUGAUCCUCCCACUGGUCCCACUGAUCCUCCCACUGGUCCCACUGAUCCUCCCACUGGUCCCACUGAUCCUCCUACUAAUAGUCCUGAAGGUACUUUUUAA